AUGGAACAGAGUCUAGAAGAUAAGAAAAAAGGAAAAUCAACUAAAGCAGGAGAUGAAACAAGUCGUAUUCGAAUGAAGAAAACAUUACACAAACAUCUCACAGACCUUAUGAAUGCUAUGGGAAAGAAGAUGACAUUAAAUGAAUUAGUGGAAAUAUUAUGUGAUGAUUUUAUUAAACAUGGAGACACUAAUAAACGAUGGACAUUAAAUAAACCAACUCAAUCAUCAAAUGUAAGUGCAUUAGGAAAAGAAUUUUAUUUAUCAGAACAAUACUACAAAUUACUGUUUGAAGGAUUAUAUUAA